AUGACAGAUCUAACCGUGGAGUUUUCCCGUCUCUGCCAGGAGAAGGGGAGUGUCCCAAUUCCUCCCACACGCUACCUCGCGGCCGAAAAGGCCGACGAGUUCCUCAAAGAAGCACACCGCAUCAACUCGCACAUCUCCUCUCUUCUCAGAUAUCUCUAUUCGAUCCGACCUUCUUACCUCUCCAUCGCCCCCUCUCGUCCCACUACCGCCACGCCGUCCCGCAGCGCCGCCGCUGCGUCCGCCGACCAGAAAUCCAAACCCCUCUCUGAAUCCGACCGCGACAACAUUGACGCCUCCACCUCGCUCCUCCUCCACGACCUCAGCAGCUCCAUCUCCACGCUUUCAUCCGCCGAGGCCCUCCGCCAGGACACCCAGUCCGGUCUUCUUCGAAAACGAUACGGCCAUGGCGGAGCUGCCGGACGACUUCUCUGGAAAUGGGCGGGCGGUGGUGCCCUUUCUUCUCCCUCCUCCUCAUCCGCUACAUCUGGGGAUAAUUCAGGGAAAAGCGAGGAGCAGGUCCGCGACGAAGAAGUCGAGAAGACCUCCAAGACGGUGCGGGAGAAUGUGCUCUGGUUUCUGCGACGGGGGCUGGAAGAUGCGGUUGCGUUGCAGCGCGGGAUGGUCGAGAGACGAAUUGAGCGGGUACGCGAGAAAGAGAAGAGUGUGCUGUAUAAAGCUGCUGCUGGUGGGGGUGGUGUUGGGUCCACGGGUAGAUCCAAAGGUCUUUCUUCCGUUGGGGGUGGAAAUCCGCUCGGCGAUGGGGAUAGCGGUGGUAGCUAUAUCUAUGAGAAACCGCGGUCGACGGUGAAUGAAGACGAAGUCAAAGCGAUUGAGGCGGAGCUUUCUCCGGAGCAGUUGCAGUUAUUUGCCGAGGAGAAUGAUUCAAUGGUUAAGUAUUAUGAAGAUACAUUGAGUAAAGUCCAAAAUGCUGAAAAAUCUCUAUUAGAGAUCUCCUCGCUCCAGCAAACGCUGGUAUCACAUCUCUCCACCCAGGAGGAAUACAUUGGUCAAUUGGCGACGGAUGCAUCGAACACGCACACCAAUAUCGGACAGGGGAAUAAGGAGUUGAAACGCGCGACAGAGCAACGGAGUAUCGCGCAGGCGUUGUUCUGGGGGACGGUUGGACUGUAUUGA